UCUCACCAGUUGUAUCCAGUGCAUCUUUCUUAUAAUACAACGAGUCGGACUCAAAGAGUUAUUCGUUAACUAAACAGUUCUUAUUGUUUCCAAUAUGCAAACAUACUGACACUAUCUUAUCAUUUGACAUUAGCCGAAGCAACACGUUAAUGGUAACACGCCUCGUGAAAUGAUAGCUGUGAUGUGAAAUCUGAAUUAGUUUAUUACUAAUAAAUAGUGUGUGAUUAAUGAAAUGUACAAUAAUAAUAAUAUUUUCCUAUAAAAUAUAAAUAUGACUGAAAGUUCCUUAGAUCUCCAGGAGUUAGAAAAAUUAAGGUCGACAAAUUUUAAUAGUGAAACAACAUCUUCAAAAGAAGAAGUUCCCAAAACAACACACAAAUGGCGAAUCAUUUUAGAACCAGCGCUAGUUGGUGCUAUGAUAGCAAUCAACCUUGGUCAAACUUCAUUACAAAACUUUUACUUACGAACAGCUUGUAGUGUAGAUUUGGGCUACCCGAUCGAGAUCUGUGACAAGGGUGUCGGAGAAGAGUUCCGAUCGGCUGAGGCAGAAAGUCAAGUUAUUGUAUCCGGCAUCAACGUGAGCCGGAGUUUCGUGGGCUUAUUAAUUUCCACGAUCGUUUUGUUAUUUGUGGGUCCAUGGAGCGACUGCAGCGGACGAAGGAAGCCGUUACUCGUCUUACCUUUAAUGGGAAUGUGUGUUAUGACGACAGGAGUGAUUUUAAUGCUCACAUUCCCUGGUGCUAACACUACACAAGUACUUUACGCUGUUCAAAUUCCCAUAUCGCUGGGUGGAAAUUUCGGUUUAUUAUUAGCAGCGUCCUUCAGUCACAUUGGCGAUCUAUGUCACGCUAGUGGUCGCGACGUGACUCGUACAAUGGGAACACAUCGAGCUGCAAUACAAAUUGCUCAUGUGGUUGGUUCCGUCAGCGGGCCCCAACUGUACCGACACCUUGGAUUCUACGGUGUGUUCCCUCUUGUUUUAUUCCUGCAGUUGGCAUCCCUGAUUUACGUAAUAAUAAUGGUCAAAGACGUAAAUGUUAACCCUGAUAACAAAGUAUCUGUGUUUAACUGGCGACUUCCUUUGAAUGCAGUACAAUGCCUUUUAAGAAAACGAGAAGGCAACAAGAGACUCAUUAUUCUUCUUAUGUUGAUAGUGGGACUUGGAGACAGAGUGUUACUCUCUGCGGAGGUACUCUUGGCGUACAUGUACUACAGAUAUAAGUUCCACUGGGAUGAUGUAAUGUUCGGAUCGUUCCUCGCUUACAGAAAUACAAUUAGCUUUAUUGGUACAUUACUGAUACUAAAUGUUCUGAAGCGUCGUCUCCGCCUAUCCGACGAGAUGGUGGGUAUCCUGAGCUGCAUGUCUUACAUGCUCGCCACUUGCUCUCUCAUAGCAGCUACAACUACUUUGUUUGUAUUUCUGAUUCCUGGAAUCGGAAUCAUAUCUCAGGGCUCGCAAGUUGUCCAGCGACCGUUACUAAACAGACAGAUAUUGCCCACCGAACAAGGUAAAAUCUACGGCAUACUAGGUGCACUAGAAUCGGCAACGCAAACCCUUUCAUCGCCGCUGUAUUCAUUACUCUAUGCAAGAACUGUGUCGACCCUGUCAGACGCUUGGCUCAUUCCGGGCAUCAUUUUAGCUUUAUUACAACUCUUUUCUUACUUAAUAACAAGAAGACUGCAAAAUAUACAACCAGAUAAGAGUAUACAACAAGAAAAAAAUAUACCCUUAGCGGUUAUUGAUAAAAGCACUGAAGAUACCAAAGAUAAGGAUCUCAUACACAAAGAAGCUAGCGCCCGUACAAAAAAUCCUUUAUAGAUAGAAAUGCAUUCAUAUUUUACUAUAAUAU